UUAUUAUUAUUAUUUCCCAGAAAUCACUCUCUUCUUCUGCACUCCUAAGCCUCUUCGUUUUCUCUCACUAACCCUAGAAGCCCAUCCACCUUUGGUUACUGUUUUCUCUAGAAAGAGAAGCAGUUGUUGCUGAAAAUGUACAAGAACCAGCUUCAAGAGCUAGCCCAACGGAGCUGCUUCAACCUGCCUUCAUACACGUCUAUUCAGGAAGGUCCCGAUCAUGCGCUAAGGUUCAAGGCCACUAUCAACUUUAACGGCAAGAUCUUCGAGACCCCUCACUACUGUUCCACUCUCCGUCAGGCCGCACACUCUGCCGCCGAAGUCGCUCUCAAUUCCCUCUCCCAUCGUGGCCCCUCCUAUUCCCUCGUCACUAAGAUUCUCAUGAGUCAUUGCCGCUUCUACUUCUAGGGUUUUUUUUUCUUCCCCCUCUCCUUAAGCUUUACAAGUCAAACUUAAACCACCAUUAACUGAAAAACCGCAGGAAGAAGAAAAAGAUCAAAUCUCAGAAGGGUUAAAAAAAAUGAAGGGUUUGAACAACCGGUUCUUCACGGUGGGGUUGUGGCGACGUGGUACUCUUCCAACAUUGGCGUGCUUCAAGUACCCAAUCUUCCUGACCAUGUGCCACAUGAGUUACGUCGCCAUAGCAUGGAUGAAGGUCGUGCCUUUGCAGACCCUUCGAUCCAGGGUGCAGUUCUUCAAGAUCUCUGCCCUCAGCCUCGUUUUCUGCGUCUCCGUUGUCUUCGGGAAUAUCUCUCUCUGCUACCUCCCCAUGUCGUUUAACCAAGCCAUUGGCGCCACCAUGCCCUUCUUCAUUGCUGUUUUUGCCUACCUUAUGACGCUCAAGAGGGAGGCUGGGCUCACUUACCUCACGCUUGUUCCUGUUGUUACUGGAGUCAUCAUUGCAAGUGGGGAACAAAUGGCUAGAGUGGCAAAGGAGGAAGAGAGGGGUAGUCCUAGUUGGGGUGCUUCAUUUUUUACGCAGACAACACAGGAUGUGGCUAGAGCUGUUGCCGCUGCUGUGAAUUCUCAAAGGCCAUGUGUGGUAUAUGCAUUCAAAAAUGAUCAUGGUGGCAGCCAACUUCAAAGGCUGCAGUAUCAAGUUAAAUAUACAAAUUUAAGUUGGUUGAUACUGUUGGAUUUUUGGUCCUUGUUUUUGAAUGCUUUUUUUGCUUUGUUCUUCCUUUAGCGGUUUGGCCUUAUCAUCAGUGACUUGAAAAUUCAGUUGUUUCCCCUUUCACGUUAGACAUCAAAGCUACACGUGUUUGUUCUUACAUGUCAUUAUCAGUGUUUUUAGUUU